GUCCGUAGGAUUCCCACGCCCCCUGUAAAAAUUUUAUAGAAAUGUCGUUUGCCCUGCCCGCUCGCCAGAUUACCUUUGGUCGAACCAACGCUCAGUCUCAGCAGCAGCAGCACACCUUCCACCAGCAACAGCAGCAGCAGCAGCAACAGCAACAGCAACAACAGCAGUUGCAAUAUCAACCCCAGAACAAUGGUCUUGCUUUACCUGCUGGCGCCUAUUCACACCAACCCCCGACGACCGCCGCUUCCUCCUCAUCGCUGCCAGGGCCCUCGCCGCUAGCCACCAACUCCUACACCGCGGCCCAGCUCCAGAAGCAGCCUGCGGCGUCGACGUCGACAAACGCUGUUGCUGGUCCUUCGUCCCCACCCGCGGCACCUUCCCCAUCCACGCCGUUGACCCUCGAGCAGCAACACAUCACCGCUGUCGAGGGCAUCGUGCCAACGCUGCAAAACAUCGUCGCUACGGUCAAUCUGGACUGCAGGCUGGAUCUCAAGACCAUCGCGCUGCACGCACGCAACGCCGAAUAUAAUCCAAAGCGUUUCGCCGCCGUUAUUAUGCGUAUCCGUGAGCCCAAGACGACGGCUCUUAUCUUCGCCUCUGGCAAGAUGGUCGUCACUGGUGCUAAAUCCGAAGACGACUCGCGGCUGGCGUCGCGAAAAUACGCGCGGAUCGUGCAGAAGCUUGGUUUCGAUGCCAAGUUCUCCGAGUUCAAGAUCCAGAACAUCGUGGGUAGCUGUGAUGUCAAGUUCCCUAUCCGUUUGGAAGGUCUUGCAUACAGUCACGGACAGUUCAGCAGCUACGAACCUGAGUUGUUCCCUGGGCUUAUCUAUCGCAUGAUCAAGCCCAAGGUUGUGCUGCUCAUCUUCGUGUCCGGCAAGAUUGUUCUCACUGGCGCCAAGGUCAGAGAGGAAAUCUACACGGCUUUCAACACGAUUUACACCGUACUUUGUGAAUUCCGGAAACCAUAAUUGUCUUGUGGAACAUUUCUUUCUGGAAUCUUCUACCCCCUUCUUCAUCCCCACUUCGAAUUCGUCGUCGUCGUCGCCAUUCAAGGCAUUUACGCGGGGAGUCGCCCGUCGGGUCGCCGUCGAGGGUAGUCGUGGGGUUCUAAAAGCUUUUGACAUGUGGCAACCAGGCUUCAGAGCCAAGUUGGAUUCGGGGCCGACACCUUCACUGGUCGUCGCGGCUCCGCCAUCAUGUCGGGAUUCUUCGUCGUCGCUUCCUUCCUCUUCGUCUCGUAUUCAUGCACAAACAUCAUUCCCCACCCAUACAUUCAACGGACAACCAGCAACACAAUUACACAUUACAACACGCAUUUUUACAGUACUGUACACAAUACAUAUACAAAGCUUUGUCGUUAUUAUUAUUUCUUCUUAUUCCUGUGGCUUUCUGUAUAUUCGAAUUGCAAUUCAGUUUCUUUGGGCUCCCA